GCUGUGUCAGUGUGCCCCUCCCGUCGCCCCAGCACAUGGUUGGUCUGCCAGUCUACAAUGAUCCUGCCCGAUAGCAAUCUGCCAAUCACACUGCAUAUCGCUCCCUUCAGCUUGCUCGCCCGCCUUUAUCUGCAGCGCCUCCGGGUUUCAUACACCAUCAUGUGGGCCGCUCUGCCUUAUAUACAAGUACGAACGCGGGCAAGCUGA